UCCAGAAAUCACGUUCUUUCUCCUCUGCAGCAGGUAUGGAAGAUUAUAGACGACAAGGUGGAAUUCAACAAUUGCUUGUUGCGGAACAAGAAGCUCGACAAAUCGUUAAUGCCGCAAGAACUGCAAAAAUGAACAGACUCAAACAAGCAAAAGAUGAAGCCGAAGAAGAAGUAGCCAAGUAUCGAGCCCAGAUGGAGAAGGAAUUCCAGAAAACAAUCUCAGAGUCGACGGGUUUUUCUGGAGUGAACAUCAAACGACUUGACGAAGAGACGGUUACAAAGAUCGAUCACUUGAAAAAACAAGCUGCCAAAGUUUCACCAGAAGUCAUCAAGAUGCUCAUGUCCCAUGUCACCACCGUCAAGGUUUGAAAGAUUUGCAUCCCACA